GGGGAGUCCAUCGCCUCUCGCUCGCAUCCACACAUCCGUGUGGACAACUCCUGGGCCAUGUCUCCAUUCCGCCUGCUCACCACGCUCCUAACCUACACACUCAUGCUGAUGGCCCCCCUCUCUGCAGAGGGCAAUCAAGAUGGCUGCCCCCCAGGAAGGUACAGAACAGAGACCAACGUCUGCUGCCCGCUGUGCCCCCCAGGGACAGCGAAGGUUGAAGACUGUGUAUUUGAGGAACAUUUCCCAUUCUGCCUUUCGUGUAGCGACGGAUCAACAUUCACAGACUCGGAAAAUAACCUUACCAGCUGCCAAGAAUGCAGAAUCUGCGACGAACAAAGUAUUUGUCGUAUUCUUAUUCAACUCUCACACCCGUGACGCUGUGUUCCCAACAGUGGUGGUGUCAGUACAUCGUGCGAUCACGUGUUCUAUUGAGGCCCAUCUCUUAAAUGCCCUUCGUUAAGCAAUGACAAUUGUACGCUGUGUUCGCGCGACUUUCUUUGCCAGGGGAGCUUGUUCAGCAUAAGUGCAUCGCCACUGGCGACACGGUGUGCGAGUGCGUGGAAGGAAUGUACAGACCAAGCCAGUCCGAGCCCUGUGAGGUUCUUAAAGGCUCAUUGAAUUGGAUUUGGGUUGUCGUCGUAUUCAUUAUUUUUGCUGCUUUGGGUGGAGUUGCUGUUUUCGUAUAUUGGUUUAAGAAAGUGAAAACAUCUCAACGUGUGGGUUCCCAAGUCAAUGCCACCGACUCUGAGAGGCAACCGCUGAGUAGCGACGAUCGCUCCGAGCCAACCCAAUCGGAACCACAGGUGGAGGUUGUCGUUGUGAGAGACGCCGUGGAGAUGAUCCAAGAGAAGAUGGCCUCGAGUGGAGGUGCCGUGUGGACGUGGCUGAGUGAUCGCCGCUCAGAGUCAGGCUGCCCAACCCCUCAGUGGUGAUGUCAACAAAUCUGUUCUCCAGAAGGUCGAUGAGGACAAGGCCGGUUUGACGCCUGUGCGGAUUGAUAUGGUGGCCCUGCUGCGCAGGAGACCCUAUCUCUUCCUGCAUGAGAUGUUGAUGCAGGGCCACAUCGAAGCGAACAUAUACUGGAAGGCGUACAUGGAGAAAACCCCCAGAAAGUGUGAAAAGUUCAUCCGCGAGGAAGUUGAAAGUGUAAAGAAGGACGGGGAGCUCGAGGAAGUGAUGGUAGUCACUAGAAGUAAUGAAAGAGACUUCCUCGCCAUGUUGCAAUUGUCAGAAAGGUGCUCUCCCACCGUGAACCCCAAUUCCGUGUACUCCGACCUCCGCCUCUCCGUCGACCUCAGGACGGUGACUCUGUCCUCCGAGCGCCACUCUUACCCCCACCACCCCGAGCGCUUUGAGAACUCCGCUCAGGCGCUGUGCCGCGAGGGCUUCUCCAGCGGCGCGCACUACUGGGAGGUGGACGUGGGCGGCGCGGAGCAGUUCAGAGUGGGCGUCGCGUGCGCCACUCUGCCGCGCGGAGGGAGCGCGGAGGCGCAGCUCCUGGGCGCGGGCGCGGACUCCUGGUGCCUGUGGAGACGCGAGGGCGGCUACGCGGCGAGCCACCACGGCCGCCACACCGCACUGGCGGCCGUGCGCCCUCCUCCCAGGAAGAUCGGCGUACACCUGCGUUGGGAAGAGGGGCUCCUCUCGUUCUACUGCGCCGACACCAGGAGGCGGCUGCACUCAUUCAAUGCCACCGCCUUCCCAAGCCAUCUCUACCCCGCCCUGUGCGUGCACAAGGGGACGGUCACCAUACUUCGCCUGAGUCUACGGUUUGAGGAGGGUGAAGGACCAACCGGUGAGGUGGGGAAGAGGAAUGAUGAGGAGAGAGCAGAAGAGAAUGGUCGUCAAAGUAAGGCUGGAGUAGCGAGUGAUGUGGCAGAGGGUGGAGGAGAGAAGAGUGAGGUGGGGGAUAGUGGGGCAGGGAAGAGCGAGGGGUGGGAGAGUGCGAGAGUGAACCCUGACCCCGAGGCGCAGGAUGGAGGAGCAGUGGUAAAUGCUGCAGGGAAGAGCGGCGAUGCGACAAAGGAAGAUGUGGAGACUUUUACAGACAACGUGAAAAGUAAAGAUAACGCAGAAACUUGUUGGGAAAUGUUGAGUAAGGCAGGAAUAAAGAGCGUUGUGCGUAGCGGUGAGGCAGUGGAGAGUGAGUUGGGGCAGGAUGGGAAAGUGCAGGAGAGUGAUGUGGAGGAGAGUGAAGCAUAGCAGACUGAGGUUGCGUUGGAGGAAUGGGGGGAAAUGGUGCUGGGGAAGUGAAGGAAAUUGGGAGGCGUGGUGGGGAUGACGUAGAGAAUGAAGGGAGAGUGCAGACAAUUAUGGGGGCAGUUUAUUGGUACUUGACAGGCGCUUCGAGUGAGGUGGGAGAGAUUGCUUGUGUUGCGAUCGAGACGUCGUGAUUUGUUUUGUUUUAUUUCUACCUACGUGACUUUACCGAAAGAACCAAAGAGCAUGGAUUCCUGCAGUCACGAAAGCUUCAAAUCAAGAUUGAGGUGGGAGAGGUUGAAGUAAAGGAGAGCGAUGCCGAGAAUGGUGCAUGAGAGAAGAAGAGUGGGGAGGAGAAGGAGGGGAGAGGGAAGAGCGUGAGAGUGGAGGGACACAAAACGCCGACUGUGCAGGUGUUGAGAUUUCAGAUGAAUCCAGAUUCUCAAGUGCAGAGAAUUGAUGGCUACUCGCAGCAUAGCACCAAAUUAUAUUUGGUUUUUGAUGUAACUCAUCUUAUUCAGCCAAUCAGUAAAGUAAACAACAUUCCUUGAGCACAUGGGUUUGAUGGCGAAUAAACACAACAUUUACGACGUUUCACUGGUGAUCACAACCAGCUGCAUCAGGAGAUUUGCCCGAAUUGUGAAUAAGUCUUCCUGCUUACGAUCUUCACUGUGAGCCUAUCGGCCCACGUGUUACAGUUAAGCGACUCAUCUCCUCCAAACUCCGAGAACGAAUCUGUUGGUGCAGCUGUAAUGAGUCCGAGAUUCUGAGCAUGAUGUAUGAUGUUGCACCACCUGGUGGAGUUCACUGAUAUUGAAGGGACAUCGGAAGCUGCGAUGCAACAUCAGAAUGCAAGAAUGAACUGCUCAAUGAUAUAAUAAUAGGUGUUUACCCUUUUAUCUGGCACAAAACUGACACCUUUUUACAAGGGAUCAUGUUUGCAUUAACCACAAUACCUGCGGUCAAAAUGCAAACAAAAAACAGCACUCUGAUAAUGUAUGUGCACUUUCCUUGAAAUUGAUUGGCCCACACCAGAGACAGCUUUUUUUUUACAGCCAGAUGCGCCUUUUGGCGUUCUACAGUUCAGCGAGACUGAAUCCGUAAUUGCGGUGCUGCGUUGCGUUUCAACGGCGUGUUGGCAUUGAUCCGCCAAUGUCACAGGGCAUGGUGGCACAAGAGACGGUGGUGUUUUUGUGCCACCAUUAGCGACUAAUCUGGAUGACCUCAAAAACAGAAUCACGGCAGCGGUGACUUCAGUAGAAGAGACACUUUGAGAGGCGUUUGGGACGAAUUCAACUAUCGUCUCGAUGUUGUCCGUACAGCAGGUGGAGGGCACAUAGAGCAUUUACUAAAUGGUUAGUAAAACUUGAUAGCUCAUUAAACCGUUUGUAACUUUUUGUGUAAUUGUAACAUGUUGCCAUCGUGAAAUAUACUGCUUUGAAAUUGGGUCCAUCUUUUAAAAACACCCUGUAUUUAUCAGAAUGCGUGUCUGCAAGUCAUCUGAGCUAUUUUUUUUACUCCACCACGAGUAGCCUAAGCGCUGUGGAAAUUAUUCAGAAGUUGCGGUGGUGGGGAAAUGUUUAUACAUCCGUGGGGACCUCUGAUUAGCACGGUUUACUACGUACGGUGGGCAAGAAGUUGCAUACUCCGUUAAUAUAUUUACGGCAGACAGGGCGAAGGGCUUUUCUUUGUUUAUCAUUCAACAUCCUGAUGCUGGCAAAAUGUUCUCAACAGACAGCGUUCGUGUCGGGGUGGUCGACAGGAGCCCAGCCAGCAGCCAGCCAGGUACAGGGCAGCUUAGAAGGCACUGCG